AUGUCUGUUGCAGGUGGCCGGGCCGUGCCAUGCUGCUCCGGACCCAGGGUGGCAGCCCUCGCUGUGGGCACCCUGAUACUGCUGACUGGCAUCGGGGCGGCGUCCUGGGCCAUUGUGACCGUUCUGCUCAGGAGUGACCAGGAGCCACUGUAUCCAGUGCAGGUCAACCCGGUGGACGCCCGGCUCACCGUGUUCGACAAGACGGAGGGGACGUGGCGGCUCCUGUGUUCCUCACGCUCCAACGCCAGGGUGGCGGGACUCGGCUGUGAGGACAUGGGUUUCCUCAGGGCGCUGGCCCACUCCGAGCUGGACGUGCGGACGGCAGGCGCCAACGGCACGUCGGGCUUCUUCUGCGUGGACGAGGACCGGCUGCCCCACGCCCAGAGGCUGCUGGACGUCAUCUCCGUGUGUGACUGUCCCAGGGGCCGUUUCCUGGCCACCAUCUGCCAAGACUGCGGCCAUCGGAAGCUGCCUGUGGACCGCAUUGUGGGGGGGCAGGACACCCAUCUGGGCCGGUGGCCGUGGCAAGUCAGCCUUCGCUACGAUGGUGCUCACCUCUGUGGGGGGUCCCUGCUCUCUGGAGACUGGGUGCUCACAGCUGCCCACUGCUUCCCCGAGCGGAACCGGGUCCUGUCCCGAUGGCGAGUGUUCGCCGGCGCCGUGGCCCAGGCCUCCCCGCAGGGCCUGCAGCUGGGGGUGCAGGCUGUCAUCUACCACGGGGGCUACCUCCCCUUUCGAGACCCCAACAACGAGGAGAACAGCAACGAUAUUGCCCUUGUCCACCUUGCCAGCCCGCUGCCCCUCACAGAAUACAUCCAGCCCGUGUGCCUCCCGGCCGCCAACCAAGCCCUGGUGGAGGGCAAGCUCUGCACCGUGACAGGCUGGGGCAACACGCAGUACUAUGGCCAACAGGCUGGGGUGCUCCAGGAGGCGCGAGUGCCCAUCAUCAGCAAUGACGUCUGCAACGGCCCCGACUUCUAUGGGAACCAGAUCAAGCCCAAGAUGUUCUGUGCCGGCUACCCCGAAGGGGGCAUCGAUGCCUGCCAGGGUGACAGCGGAGGCCCCUUCGUGUGUGAGGACAGCAUCUCGCGGACGCCACGCUGGCGGCUGUGUGGCAUCGUGAGCUGGGGGACCGGCUGUGCCCUGGCCCAGAAGCCAGGCGUCUACACCAAAGUCAGUGCCUUCCGGGAGUGGAUCUUCCAGGCUAUAAAGACUCACUCCGAAGCCAGUGGCAUGGUGACCCAGCUCUGACCCGUGACUUCUCCUGUCCACACGCCUUCGGGGCCUGAGUUGAUCUGGUGGUGCCAGCCCCACAGGUGGGCCCCACCCUGGGCCUGGGAUGGAACAUUUUUUUUCUUGGGUCCAGCCCUUAGGCCCAAAGACACCCUCCCUCCAGGGUCCUCUCUUCCACAGUGGCGGGGCCACUCAUCCCAGGGACCAUGCAGGCCUCACCUUCCUGACACCCAUGUAAAUAUUGUUCUGCCAGCUGGGAACUCCCCCUAGGAGGCCCUGAUGACAGGAUGCUCUUUAAAUAAUAAAGGUGGUUUUGAUUAA